AUGCCAGCUGUCAGUGCUCAGCAUUGCCACCUGCCAGUGCCCAUCAGUGCCACAUCAAUGUCACAUAUCAGUGCCUACCAGUGCACAUCAAUGCCAUAUAUCAUUGCUCAUCUGAGCUGCCUUUCAGUGUCACUUAUCAGUGCCAGUCAGUGCCACCUAUCAAUGCCAGUCAGUGCCACCUAUCUGUGCUGCCAGUCAGUGCCACCUAUCAGUGCCAGUCAGUGCCACCUAUCAGUGUGCAUCAGUGCCACCUAUCGGUGCCCGUCAUCAGUGCCACCUAACAGUGCCAGUCAGUGCCGCCUAUCAGUGCCAGUCAGUGCUGCCUAUCAG